GAGAGAGCUUGUGUCUGACGCUGCUAAUCAAGGCGAAGAUGGUGAAGUUCAUGCUGAAGAUCGCUGCCGAACUCGAAAACCUAACCAACCUCCAGCCUCAAGGCGGCUGCGACGAUCCUUCCUUCUCCUUUCUCUUCAAACUAAAAUGUGAGAACUGCGGAGAGAUUAGUCAGAAGGAAACAUGUGUUAGCUUGGGCGAUACUGUUCCUCUUCCACAGGGCAAGGCAAACACUAACCUCAUUCAGAGGUGCAAGCUUUGCUCAAGGGAUGGGACUGUAACAGUAAACUCAGGCAGAGGAAAACCACUGACCCAGGAAGAGAGUGAAGCAGGGAAAUAUGCACCUUUGAUGCUUUUUGAAUGCAGGGGUUAUGAGCCUGUAGAUUAUUUGUUUGGUGAUGGCUGGAAGGUUGAAUCUCUGGAGGGGACUAAAUUUGAAGGUGUCGACUUGUCCGGAGGUGAUUUUGCCGACUAUGAUGAGAAGGGAGAGUGCCCGGUGAUGAUAUCAAACCUCCGAUCGACUUUUGAUGUGGUGAAGUAGUAUUGCUACUCUCCUCUCCUGUUGGAAACAUAUUGUGGUAAAUAAAACUGAUACAGCUCAUUCCGAGUGAUGGAAAUUUGUUACUGGUUUACAUGUUGACUUGAAGAAUAUCCGAAAGCGGUUUAACAUGAAAUGUUAUAUUUGAAGUAUGUACUAAUAGAUAUACAACGACAAUGGUUUGAACCGAUUGAUGAAUCACAUUAUGCUUGUGUCUGUGAUUUUCUUGAUUUUUCU